AUGCGCAUUGUUCCCCUGCUCUCUCUCCUCGUCUUAGCUUUGAUCCUCACGAUCGAGAUAGUGUCUCAGCCAACUCAUAGCAGAAGCUGCACCGAAGAAAAGGGGUGUGCCAUCAAGCUCCUCGAGGAACCCAAGGAAGGAUCUCCGCACGGGAAAACGAUCAUCACUAGGGAAAGAGAAAACCACAUCACUGUAGACUACUGCAGUAUAAGCCCGAGCGAAGACAAGCAGACCAAUGAAGAAUGUGUCACGAGGACAAGCAGCAACGUCCAGCCAACAGAGCUCAGUGCUGCAACCAGUAUCGACAGCUCGAGUUGCUUUAGUGGCGGCGGAAGCAGCAGAAGCAGCAGAAGGGACAAAGAUAGAUGCAGCACAUCGGGUCAUUUCGUCAAGAAUGAUGAGGAUGACGGAAAAAGCGGAUGCCCUGUAACCAACUUCACCUUCACUGCCAAGCCAGUCAUGGUCAAGGGGAAGAGAAACUUCAGAUUCUAUUUUGGAACACCAUUACUCGACGGUUGCGUGAGCCACCUCAUGCACACGGACCCGCCCAAACCGGUCGCAGUAGACCAACUCGUCCAGUCGAGGCUACCGAUCGCGGUCGCAGAAGACCACAUGUUCCAACCGAGGUUGCUGAGGACAGAAGCAGCAGACCACGUCGUGGAUCAGAACCCGCUGGACUCGUCAGCAAUUUGCCAUCUCAUGAAUCAAGCUCCGGUGGCACUACAGAAACCGAGACAGAUUGGAGAGAGGUCAUAGAUAUUCCCGGGUUGGAGCCGAGAUGAGAGACAUCAUCUUGUGAGCAACCAAUCAAUCUCGGCCUGCUGCCUCUCAACUCAAGGCUUCUCCGAUACGCUCAACAUCGUCUUCUGAGCUGCCGCGACUCAGAUAUGUGCUGGCUGGAAAACUCAAUAGCAUCUUAACUCCUAAUGUCAUAGUCAC